AGCCGGCUCCCAGCCCAAGGAACCGGCUCCGCCAUUCGGUGGAGAGAGAGAGGGAGGAAGAGGAGGAGGAUGGAGUAACUCCCUUAGCAACUGAGGGCCUCACUGGAAUGACGGAGAGGGAGAAGUGGCAGCAGGAAGAGAGUGAGUUCAGGAACUGAUUUGCCCUGCAUCUGAGGGAUUGUAGCCUUUUCUCUGAACGCAACCAGCGAUUACACUGAAGCAAGGUCCAUCAACCAUGUGAACACUAGGAGCAGUGGAUAGUAAUUCUACCAAUAUAAUACUACCAUGGCUACAAGAAUUUCCCUACAUCCUGAACUGCCUUACUCUUCAUUAGAACACAGGAGAUAUAUUGUAACUUCAGACAAAGACAGUAUGAGACGUCCAACAGCCAAAUAUACUAAAGUUGGAGAGCGCUUGCGACAUGUUAUCCCUGGUCAUAUGCAAUGCUCAAUGGCAUGUGGCGGCCGUGCUUGCAAGUAUGAAAAUCCAUCCCGAUGGAGUGAAGAAGAACAAGCUCUUAAAGGCUUAUACUCCUCAUGGAUUACUGACAAUAUAUUGGCAAUGGCUCGUCCUUCCACUGAAAUUAUUGAAAAAUACAGCAUUAUUGAACAAUUUAAAAGGCAUGAUAUAAAGACGGUAAUUAACCUUCAACGUCCUGGGGAGCAUGCACGCUGUGGUAAUCCAUUGGAACCAGUGAGUGGCUUUACUUACCUACCAGAGGUGUUCAUGGAAGCUGGAAAUUACUUUUAUAAUUUUGGAUGGAAGGACUAUGGUGUGGCUUCUCUCACCACUAUCCUUGACAUGGUCAAAGUUAUGGCUUUUGCCCUACAAGAAGGAAAAGUGGCUAUUCACUGUCAUGCUGGACUUGGAAGGACAGGAGUCUUAAUAGCUUGCUACCUAGUCUUUGCAACAAGGAUGAGUGCAGACCAAGCAAUACUGUUUGUUCGUGCCAAAAGGCCAAAUGCAAUUCAGACCCGUGGGCAGUUGUUGUGUGUCCGGGAAUUUUCCCAGUUCCUGAUUCCAUUACGAAAUGUAUUUUCCUGCUGUGACCCAAGAGCUCACGCUGUUACAGUUUCUCAAUAUCUCAUUCGCCAGCGCCAUCUGCUGCACGGAUAUGAAGCACGGCAACUCAGACAUGUCCCAAAAAUAGUUCAUCUGACUUGCAACUUGUUGCUAGACUUUGCAGAAAACAGGCAACUGAUUGAAGAAGGGAAUAUAGAAAUCCCAGAUCUUUCAGCAGAAAUUGAAAAGACGGUAUCACAGUUGGGUGUCGUGCAACUCGAUAAAGAAUUUGACACCCAAGGCUUUGAUAUGGGAGACCAUUUUGAGCCCACUACAACUGAAUUUAUUCCUAAUGAUUCAGUAUUGGUGAAUGAGCAAGAAUUCGACCCCCUUUGGAAACGGCGUAAUGCAGACUUCCUUCAGCCCUUGUCCCACUUGAAAAAGCGCCUCAGCUACAGUGAGUCAGAUCUUCAGAGAGCUGACCUCUUCUUAGAACAAAGUGAGACACCUUUUACAGCACCAACACAGGUUGCUUUCUCUGGCAAGUUCCACCAGCAAAGUUUGUCUCAGCUCAAUCUCAGACAGCCCAGUCCAAUUCCAAUGGACACUAACCAGCUCAGCCCAUCUGUUCCAAAAGUACCAGAGUUUUGCCUUAUUAAACAAAAUCCAUCAAUUACCUUUAAACCUAGUCUCUGGGAAUGUCAGAAAUCUUGCAAUGCAAAUGACCAAAAAGUGGUAUCUCCUCUUUUUAUAAGGAGAAAACUAUCAAAAGAGAUCCAUCGAACACUUUCCUUAAGAUCAUCAACUACAGUUGCUGCACUAAAAUAUUUUAUCUCUGAAGCCCCCAAUACAAUUAUCACUCCUCAUGGUACUGGUAAUAUUAAUGAGGAAGAAUGUACCAGGGUUAGUGCCACUAGUAAACAGAAUUCCAGAGCUGCUAAGGAAAAUCUUUUCACUCCGCCACUGUAUAAAAAAUCUACAGAUAAAGCUUCUGUAAAUCACAAAAAAGUGUUUGUGUUUGGAGAUGAAGAAAGAAAAGCUAACUGGUCAGCUGAAGAUAUUCCAUGCAUCAGUAUACAAUCAGAUUUGAGCGUUGAAGGAAGGAGAUUGGCAGCAGGAAAAGCCAUGGCAUUUUGCAUGGACUUUAAUGAAGAUCUCAUGGAUAAAGUUGAAAUGUGGCAGCAUGAGCUAAAUGUCAGAGAAGGAACUUGGGAAAGAAUUCAUACGGAGAAGAAUCCUUAUGUAUUGUGCAGUCUUAUGUGGUCCUGGCUCGAGCAGUUGAAAGAACCUGUUAUAAAUAGGGAAGAUGUGGAAGCCCUAGCGCAUAAAUAUAUGGAUCCCAAUAAAGCUUUUUACUCAUUAGAAAAGGGCCAAUAUCAGACACUGCUUUGCAUUCUUGAUUGUAUGGCACAAUUGCGUGACCUACCGUUUGAUAUAGAAGAUGCUAUACUUACUCGGGCAAUUAGAGCUUUUACUAAGGUCAGUUUUGAUGCUGAUGAGGGUCCUAAGGUUUACAAUACACUCAAGACAAUAUUAAAGCCAAUCUUAGAAGAAAAACAAGCAAAACUUGCAGAUUGUGAAGUUUCUAAUAACUGUGCACAAAAUGUAGAUUUGCAGAUUCACUGAGCAAGAAUGUAAAACAUUAACUUUUACUGUUUCUGUUACCAUUCCCCAAACUAUAUGAAACUACAGUGAGUAUUUGAAAAGCUCUAUAUUAUAGAAUAAGGCACUAUAAUGAGGCAGUAAAAUUAAAAAUAAACUUCAGUAUCAUACAUUUGAUUGUUGACAACGUAUGUUUUACGAAAAUUAUAGUUUUAUUUUAAAAAGAAUAAGAUGUAUUAAUGAAAAAAUACCCUGCUCUCAGACUUGCCCAUUAAAUAUAUGAACUGGUCAUCAGUAUUUAAUGAGGUGUAUUUGUUUAAAAUCUGCCAUGAUUUUAAGUGCCAUAUAUUAAUGUGGCAAGAUGUUUUGUUAUUUUGAAGACAUUUACUGUUUACAGUCAUAUGGUAUAUUUUGUACAAUAGAUGCUUUUUAUUUUAAAAUAUUUAUUGCUUUCCAUGUCGUGUUACUUUUUGUUUAAUGCAAUAAUCCAAUGUUACAUGGAAAAAUGAAAGUCUAUUUGAAAAAUGUAUGAAGAGAAAAUUCUUGACAGUUUAGACUGUUUUUAUGAAUUUUUAAUAUGUGCAUUAUCCAGCAAUUGUGAUUUAAACUAAUGAUUACAUUCUUAUUGUAUUUGAAACUUCAACAAAAUAUAUGUAACUGAGAUGUUAAUAAAUGGGCUUGAAAUGUCUUGUUCUUGGAAUACCAUGUAGCACUGAAUUAUUUUUACUGAGACUGAAUUCCUCUCAAGAUUUUAAGUAUCGCUGAAAUGGUCUGAUAGUUUGAACAGAUAGCUAGCUCCCUGUGUCUUUUCACAAGUAAGUCUGAUGGAAAUUUGAUGUAUAUUAAUUCGAACCUGAUCUUAAGAAGUGCUGUUAAACAGACUUUUGUGUGAGGAAUUGUAUGAAAAUUUUACAAGCUAGUAUAUUUAUGUCAUUGGAAUGUUAAUUAAAUAGAAUAUGUACAAUGUAAAA